AUGGCUGUUCUGAAAAAGAUUUUCACAGUUACUCCAUUAUAUAACGAACAUGCAAUCUUCUGCACAGUAUCCCAUUUAAAUCAUGUUCCUAUACCGCAUGGAUUUUCAUCAGGAUGCACUUACAGCUGCUCGGAUCGUUACACACUGGCGGAUCAGAUUCAGCAUAAGCUUGAUUUUUGUCUUCAGUAUCUAACUAGCAAGGUCAAAAUUAUUCUUGUAGGGCAUUCUAUUGGCUCGAUAUUGCCGGACUUGCUGAAACAGGGAUUCAAUAUUGUUCGUUGUAUAGCAUUAUUCCCUACAAUUGAAAAUAUGGCAGACUCUCCAAAUGGCAGACUUUAUUCACCUUGGAUCGAG